AUGCCGAACAAGCUCAUGAUGGUCUUCGUCGGCACCGACAUCAUCUUCGCCGGGUGCGGAGGCCUUCUCAUUGGCUUCUCGCUCCUGUCAGAGACCCAGAUGCGUGCCACGCCAACCAUCACCACUGUUGCCGAGCAUCUACUGCUCAAGCAGUGUCCUCUUACCGCCGGCGUCGUUAACGCUAUCUUCAUCUUCCUGACUUUCAUGCUGUCCCUCCCCGCCCUCUUUCUACCGCAAAAUCGCGGCUGGCUACGUGCUCAGGGCUGGCUUGUUGUCUUCUGCGCUACCUUUACGCUGGUGCUGGGUCUUACCGUCUGGUUCGUGACACUGCACAGUCGCGCCAAUCUCAACAGGAUCUGGGCGCAUGAGCAGCCGUUAACCCAGAGCUUGCUCCAGCAAAAGUUCAACUGCUGCGGCUACAACAACUCGACUAGCCCGCCCUUCAUUCAGGACGGCACAUGCACCAACUCGCUGGUCGCCGCCCAAAAAGGCGGCUGCAUCAGCAAAUUCUCCAGCUUCGCAAACGGCUAUCUCGAUCUCAUCUUCACUGCCGCCUUUGGAAUCGUCGGUAUUGAUGUUGUGCUGGUGCUGUGUGUCGCGAUGGUGCUCAAGUAUCGCCAGGAGUUGGAGCGGUACAAGCACAUCGAUGAGAAGAAUGGUUUGGGUGGAUUGUAG